GCCAUCGAUUGUUGACCUUGAGAAAUAAAAGGUAUUCAUGAAUGGUUGUUCCUUUCAGACGACGAUAGGAGGAAGGGUGAAUAGAUUUCGGUUAAGAAACUUGAAAAACUAUAAAAGAGGGUUGUUUCAGAUAUCUUACAGACCUCGGUUUAAGAAAGAUACUGUUGCACGAUAUGAUUGGAACUGUGCUGAAAGGAAACACAAUGAGUUAGCCAUCAGUGUUAUUGUACCGACUUUUAACAGAGUAGAGACGUUGGUUCACUGUUUAAGUGCCUUGGAGUGCCAACAAUUGCCUCCAAAUGAAAGUUUUGAAGUCAUCGUUGUCGACGAUAGUUCUACGGAUGGCACAGCAACACUUGUAAAGCAGUGGAACAAAAAUUUCUCUCGCGUACGUCUUCUUCGACUAUCACACAACGGGGGACCUGGAAGAGCUAGAAAUGCGGGUGUCAUAGCUUCGUUGGGAAAGUUGCUAGUUUUCGUGGAUAGUGACGUGAUUGUGAAACCAGGGUUUCUGUACGCGCAUUGGAAAAGACAUGGAGAAAGUUUAGGUUGUGUGAGUGUAGGUCCAGUAUAUUAUAUCGAUCAUAUUGCUGAACAUAAGAGGCAUCGUUUUCGAUGGUGGACGGAUGCCAGUAGAGCUUUUUUUUGUACUAGUAAUGCUGCAGUUGAAAAGCAUCUAUUUAUAAAAAGUGGUAGGUUUGAUGCUGACUUUCAAAAGUAUGGUUGGGAAGAUUUGGAGUUGGGAGAACGUUUGAGGUACGUCUUUGAUGAUGGGACAAAAGAGAGUAUGACAUCGAAGGAGAAAAGGAAAAUGAAUAUUCCACGAUACUUUGUGAAGCAAGCCAUUGCUUAUCAUUACAAACCUCCAUGGACGAUAGGUGACUUGGAAAAGUCGAUUGAACAAGAAAGACAAAGAGGAGAAAUGGGCGUUUUGUUUUAUAAAAAACAUCCCACUUUUCGGGUGAGAUUGAUGAUACAAUUGACUUGGUUUCAUCGAUGUUUAUGGUUGAUACUUUCUUUGUUUGGCAUCAUCAAUGAAUAUUCUGUGAAGCCUUUGGUAAUAUGGUUGAUGGAUAAGAGACAAUAUGGAAUAGCGCAUGGGCUUUGGAGUAUUGUACGCAAUCGAAUUACUUGUGAAGUUGUUUUCAGUGGUUUGAAAGAAUGACUCGUGAACCAAUCACCGCCUUUGUUUCUAUUCAAGCGUUGUCUUGGUGGAGGCACGGGUUGAAGCUUCUAAAUAAAAGACUUUUAAGCUUUCGUACAAAAAUGAUAGAGAACGACCACUCAAUAGGUGACUGGAAGCAACACCGUAUCGUUCAGAGGAAUAUAUUCAAUCAGCAAGUCGAGAACUUUCUGCAACCCAUUCCAAGAGAUGUACAACAAAGAAUGGCAAAGAUUGGCAAGUAAUUGUUUUCUUAUUGUAUAUAUAUAUGUGUAAGUGAAUUGAUAAGAGAUGGCUUUGUUUAGCUGAAGAGUUAUUGUUACAACCCCAAGACAAGAUAUUGGACGUAGGUUGUGGAACAGGAGCUAUGAUACCUUUUAUUCACCAGUACAUUCCGUUAUCUCAACUGUCAUUAUGUGACUGUAGUGACGCAAUGUUAAAAGAGGCAAAGAAAAGAUUUCCAGAGUGCCCAGCUAUUUGCUCAGAUUUUCUGGAGUUGAAAAGGGGUAACUUUGACAAGUUACUGUUCAAUGCAGUCUUUGGUAACUUUGUCGAUCAAAAGGCAGCUCUUGAGGUUGCUUUCAGUAUAUUAAAGGAAAACGGUAAAAUACUUGUGAGUCAUCCCAUGGGACGUUACUUUGUACGAGAAUUACAUUUCAAGGAUCCUCAAAUGGUGCCUCAUCUUUUGCCAAC